GCUGCUGCCAGCGCGGGCCAGCGGUGGCUACGUUGGCUGUAGAUUCCGCGCACGUGAGGGGCGCACGGUGGUCCCCUUUGCAGCCCUCGGGACGCAGCCUUGGACAGGACACAUUGGGUCUCGUCCGGGCGCAGCGGAGUUAGUCACCUCACGGCCACCACCAGGAUUCUCUGGAGAGGAGUUGCGGGAGUCUCCAGGGGAGGCGGUGUCUUUUGUAGAGCGACUUCUGGAGUCUUCAUGCAGCCAUGGAUCUGGAUAAACCGUCCGUCUGGGGCUCCUUCAAACAGCGGACCAGGCCUCUGUUGCUCAACCUGAGCAAGAAGAAGGGGAAAAAGACCUCCAACAAGCCCCUCGGCUUAAGGGAAAGGCAUCACCUGGACCGCCGCCUCAGCCUGUCCGUCCCUGACCUCCUGGAGGCCAAGGCCUUGGCCCCGGAGGGUCGGCCUUACUCCGGGGCCCAGUCAUCCUACACCUCCGUGCCCAGCAGCUUGUCCACUGCUGGGGUCUUUCCUAAGAGUAGCAGUAGCUCCUUGAAACAGUCUGAAGAAGACUGGGACUGGAGCCAGGAAGAAGCGGGCCAUGUCCGUGGGGCGGAGACAGACCCCGAGGACACCUUCGCCUCUCCCGCCGAGGACCGGAGGGCUUCCAGCAACGGCAUCUUCGACCUGCUCCAGAAGACUCCGCUGGCAGAGGACGCUCUGGAGGAGUCGGAGAAGCUGUGUGGAAGUGGAGAUCUUAAUGCUUCUAUGACAUCCCAACACUUUGAAGAACAAUCUGCCCUCGGGGAGGCCAGCGACGGCCUGAGUAACCUCCCCAGCCCUUUCGCCUACCUCCUCACCAUCCACCUGAAGGAGGGCAGGAACCUGGUCAUCCGGGAUCGCUGUGGCACAAGCGACCCCUACGUGAAAUUUAAGCUGAAUGGGAAGACGCUGUACAAAAGUAAAGUCAUAUAUAAGAACCUGAACCCAGUUUGGGAUGAGAUAGUGGUCUUGCCCAUACAAAGCCUUGAUCAAAAGCUGCGUGUGAAGGUAUAUGAUCGAGAUUUAACUACAUCUGAUUUCAUGGGCUCUGCGUAUGUCAUGCUCAGUGAUCUUGAGUUGAACAGAACCACUGAACAUAUCUUAAAAUUGGAGGAUCCAAACAGUUUGGAGGAUGACAUGGGAGUGAUUGUGUUGAAUUUGAACCUAGUAGUAAAACAGGGUGAUUUCAAGAGACAUCGGUGGACAAAUCGGAAGCGGUUAAGUGCCAGCAAGUCCUCUUUGAUACGCAGCCUGCGGCUCUCAGAGGCCUUGCGAAAGAACCAACUCUGGAACGGGAUCAUAAGUAUAACUCUGUUGGAAGGGAAGAAUGUCUCCGGGGGAGACAUGACAGAGAUCUUCGUCCUGUUAAAACUGGGAGAUCAGAGGUACAAAAGUAAGACACUGUGUAAGAGUGCAAAUCCGCAGUGGCGGGAAGAGUUUGACUUUCACUACUUCUCUGACAGGAUGGGCAUUUUGGACAUUGAAGUCUGGGGAAAGGACAGCAAAAAGCACGAGGAGCGUCUGGGCACAUGUAAAGUGGACAUCGCAGCACUGCCACUCAAGCAGUCUAACUGCUUGGAGCUGCCCCUGGACAGCUGCGUGGGGGCUCUCCUAAUGCUGAUCACGCUCACUCCCUGCGCGGGAGUUUCCAUCUCUGAUCUGUGUGUGUGCCCCUUGGCAGACGCCAGCGAGAGAAAGCAGAUCACCCAGCGCUAUAGCUUACAGAACUCCCUGAGAGAUAUGAAGGACAUCGGCAUUGUACAAGUGAAGGUUUUGAAGGCAGUGGACCUCUUAGCUGCAGACUUUUCAGGGAAGAGUGACCCUUUUUGCUUGCUGGAGUUAGGCAAUGACCGCCUUCAGACACAUACCAUUUACAAAACCCUCAACCCCGAGUGGAACAAGGUUUUUACAUUUCCUAUUAAAGAUAUCCACGAUGUUUUGGAAGUGACGGUGUUUGAUGAAGAUGGAGAUAAACCCCCUGAUUUUCUUGGAAAAGUUUCCAUCCCCUUGCUGUCCAUUCGAGAUGGGCAAACAAAUUGUUACGUACUGAAGAAUAAGGAUUUAGAACAAGCUUUCAAAGGAGUUAUUUACCUGGAGAUGGACCUCAUAUAUAAUCCGAUCAAAGCAAGUAUUAGGACCUUCACUCCCAGGGAAAAGCGCUUUGUUGAAGAUAGCCGCAAGUUGUCCAAAAAGAUCUUAUCAAGAGAUGUGGACCGUGUGAAAAGAAUCACUAUGGCGAUCUGGAAUACAAUACAGUUCCUUAAAAGCUGCUUCCAGUGGGAAUCCACUCUGAGGAGCACAGUAGCAUUCGUGGUGUUUUUGGUCACCGUCUGGAACUUUGAACUGUACAUGAUCCCCAUGGCCUUGCUGCUGCUGUUUGUCUAUAAUUUCAUCAGACCCAUGAAAGGCAAGGUUGGCAGCAUGCAGGACUGUCAGGAUAGCACAGACAUAGAUGAUGAGGAGGAUGAAGAUGACAAGGAAUGCGAGAAAAAGGGCUUAAUCGAAAGAAUCUAUAUGGUACAGGAUAUUGUUUCCACAGUUCAAAACAUCUUGGAGGAAAUAGCUUCUUUUGGAGAAAGAAUUAAAAACACGUUUAACUGGACGGUCCCGUUCCUUUCAUUCCUGGCCUGUUUGAUGCUGGCGGUCGCUACCAUCAUGUUGUACUUCAUCCCACUUCGGUACAUCAUUUUACUCUGGGGCAUAAAUAAAUUUACAAAGAAGCUUCGAAAUCCCUACGCCAUCGACAAUAAUGAGCUACUAGACUUCCUCUCCAGGGUACCGUCUGAUGUUCAAAAGGUGCAGUACGCGGCGCUGAGGCCCUGCAGCAGCCAGAGCCCCCUUCGCAAGAAGCGCAGCGCUCUCUAGGGCGCGCACCGACUGUGGACACCAGUGCCCGAUGCUGGGUUUGGGUGAUUAGACCAGUGUUAUCAUUCUUUCGGUGGUACCCGUGGUGUCAUUCUGACAUGCAUGUUGUGUAGCACCCUCUCCGGACUCUUCCCCCUUCCUUCAAGUGCACGGAUGCACACAUGCAGAUGAGCACAUGCACACACAUGGGUGUCUUACUUGCACAGCGGGUCACCCCAGCAGAAGGAGACAGUCCGGAGACUGUAAAAGACUAAGGCUGCCAUGGGUCCGAACGCUCUCCUUGAGAACAGCCAGGAGACUACUUGGAUUCUGAGAGCGACUUUGAACUUGUUUUCACACCUCUGGCGGAUUCUCAGUAAGAUUCAUUUAUUUUCACUCCCCACCCCCACACUCCUUGCAGAUUCCUGUUCACUCAAGUCAGUUUUAUUCCCUGAUCUAACAAGUCUUUGAUAGACACCCUCUGUCCAAGUAAGUAUCUUCUCAACAGAUUUUUAACUAACAGCCAGAAGUAGCCCACCUAUUUGGGAAUCAUGGAGCUGUGAUUAGUAACGACCUAUGUGUAACAUUUCAGUAAACUCCUCGGUGUUGGGAGCCAGACUGUGCCCAGAUCCAUUGCUGGCAAUGGACGCCCCAAAGGGUGCACUCGUCAAAAAGCAAAGGGUUCCUGAGAGUUAUUUGGUUGCCUUAAAGCACCAUUCCUUCCAAUUUCACCGUUUGCUUAUUUCCGAGAUAACAUGUCAACUAAAGCAUCAGAAAGGGGGAGGGAAUGAGGGAAUGAAUUCUGAGGCUUUUUAGAAAGGUAAAGACUAUGGAGCAAGGGGCCAGUAAAGGUGGCUGCUUACCUGAUUGUCGUAAGCAGUUCAAUUGCCCGCAUUUUUUGAGCAGAAAUGAAAAAUACUGUAGCAGUCCAAAUUGAUCCUAAAUAAGCUACCCAUAAUAAAAAUAUAUUUCAGAGUCUUUUUCCGAGGAAAGUACUGCUUCCUCUGAGAGUGUCUGAUUCCUAUAGGCCCCGCCAUUUCACAGUGAUGCUCCCCAAGUUAAAAAAAGUUCCAAUUUGGGGCACAUAUAUAUACAUACAUAAUAUAUGAAAAUUUCUUUCUUUUCAAAUGACAUGUAAGUUGUAAAGACUGUAUUUUGUUAACACAUACUUUGUAUGUACAUUUCUCUCUCUAUGUAUAUGUAUUGUGAAGAAAAGUUGAGGUAAGAAGAUCUGAUUUAAUCAUAAGUUUUACUAUGUUUUUUUUUCCCCUCCCCUCUCUGGGUUGUAAUUUAAUAAUCUUCAAACAAAAUGUUUAUGAAAAAUGCCAAAGAUUCUAAACCUUAUCGUCCUGUGUCUGUUUUUCUUCAUAUUAUAUCUUCCGGGGUUGCUCUCUGGCUGAGCCAGAUUUCUGCAUGAUUUGAUUUACUCCAAGUUAAUGAAGCUGGCUGGAAAGAGUCUUGCAGAAAUUAUAAAAGCUCCAGUAAAUCUCUUAGUUGUACAUACAAUAGAUACCCGAGAACCUCUUUUGUUAAACCAGUUACUCAAUCUUCUAUGUAAACAAUGCCUCAUUGUCUCACUCCUCAGCUAUCAUCCAGUGUCUCAUAGUCUAUCAUUUUGUAAAGACCUAAGUCAGACGUUUUUAAACAGACAUAUGAGAUCUGAUCAGUCAUUUGAAUGAAAACUUUCAGCAGCAAAACAACCCCUUAUUUAUUUAAAAGUGGAACCAAUACUUCAUUGUUGCUCUUUUUUUUUCCUGUAGAAUUUCAAAAUGAAAUAAUUCUCCUGACAAGAAGGCAUCAUUAGUUAGACUUAUUUUCUUCGUAGCCCAACUGAAAUCCUCAGCAUUAAGUUUAAGCCACAAACAGCCACUGGAGUGCUGGAGCAGGACUGAAGCAACCCUUACUAAGCUAUAGAUGGAAAAUGGGCGUUAAUUGAUUCAGUACACACUGGACAUUAAAACUCAGUGUCAGUUAUAGGUGAAA